UACGGAACCAUAGUUCUACGAACGAACCAUGAGAUUGAUAAAAGCGAUACCUUCAUGUCGCAAGGGGUGAGCGCCGAUAUUCGGCUACAGGGUAGAAAGAGACGGAGAUGUCAUAUUAGCAGGCGGAAAACGUUUAGGACUACAGUCGAUUGCGAGUGCUCCAUAGAAAAAAGUUGUCAGUGAGAAGUUCUGUGCGUGCAAAACGAAUAUAUAUGUGUGCAAAACAUGGAAGUCGAUUUCGACUUUGACGAUGACGUCGAUUUCAACUUUGACGAUGACGUCGAUAUGGAGAACCGUGCCGCCCGCGAGCGCCUCUUAAUGGAUAGUGACGAAGAAGAUAGUGACGAUGAAAGUGUAUUAUCAGACGAGAGUGCGUAUCAUAGCAGUACAGAAGCGGCCGAAGAAGAAACCCAUAUAAUAAUACCCGAUUCCCAACGAAUGGCCCUUUCUCCACUCACCACCGUCUGCGCCAUAUACUGUUAUUAUUCAACGGGUGGGCCUACAGAUUUGUGCAUGUCAUGUGCAAUCAGCACAGCGACUGUAAACCUUGGACCUGUAGUGUACAUUAUGCGAAGACACGAAGUAGACACCUUUGAUGGAAUACGAGGUCGCUGGUGUACAAAUUGCCGCUCCGCAUUAUAUGUGAUUUUCCCGCGUAACAUGUGCCCGAUAUGCACAGUGAACAAUUAAAAACAUUGAAAAACAGUGCAAGUGGUAAUCGCAAGUGACAGUAUGACGACCUGGGUGAUAAAAGAACAUCCCGAGUUCUGGAGGUGGCAACGCAUAUCAGUGGUGCAGUUUCUGUGCGAUCGAGAACGCGGUAUACGCGGUACGAUUGAACGCCGCGUCAGACAAGGAUUUAUUCAGGGUGAACGGCAUUCAAAAGAACCAGGCCUGUACACAGGUUCAUACAAUAGCCAUGUAAUAAUGAAUGUUCUGGGUCCUGCAGGUUCCGGGAGGUGUUUCGAACUGUUAAUGAUGAGAAACUGGUACAGUUUAUGUGAUAUGUUGAUAACCUAUCCGUAUUACAACUUCCCGGAUUUGAAAAUUGAUUGGACUGAUGAUUCGUGGAUCUAUGACGAAUACAACGAUCCCUGGGUGCUAUGGAAGUAUCAAUUAAUACACCAUAGCAUUCUACGUAUAGUACGUAAAUGUAUAAAGUGUGGAGAAAAGAUGUGCAAUUGCCCCGAAAAUCGAACACUGGUGAUGAGAAGUGUUUUGCGGACCAACGCGACGCAAGCACUCGUCAGCCACGGAUACGCUCACAUUGCGGAUGGAAGAGCAGCGAGAAACAGGUAAGUAAUAGUAAGUAAAAUGGUGCAUUACGUGAAAGCCGAUCCUGUAGUCCUCAAUUUAUAAUAUUUAUGUUACAGAAGGGGCCAGCCGCUUGCACGUAGACCGCGCUCACGCGGGUCCUCUGCCGGCGAGAUGGAGGGGGGGAUCAGCCGGUUGCGCAAAGACCGCGCUGUGUGGAGCAGGAGAAGAGGAGCGGGAGGAGACAGAAGAGUGUGGAAGAGAGGGAGGAAAGGAGAGAAGAAGGGUUCAGAGCAGUGAGCUACUGUAAUAAUGCCACUGACAAUGGCGGGUGGAGUGAAGGAGUGGGUGGUGGAAGACAAGGAAAAGGAAAUAAAAAGAAGAGAACGUUUAUGUAAUAAGAAUAUUUAAUAAAGUAAAAAUAUAAGAAUACAUAGUGUAAUACACUAUAUUAAGAAAUAGUUAUAAUAGAAUAUAUGUGUAGUAAAAGUUAUAUAAGUACAAAAUAA